AUGCGAAGGCGCUGGGACUGGACUGAGGAGAUGUAUCACUUCGAUAGGUUCUUCCUUAGGGAGGAAAUCAUAGACGGGGAUAGGUCGCGACGUGAAAACGAGCUAGGCAACAGGCAAGCCCGCGAGAAACGCGAGCUUAUGGAAAGCUUUCGCUACUUGGAUUCUGAUCGGUUCUAUAUAGAAAAAGAAAACAUCCGGGACCCUAUCAACCUCCCCAAGAAGGGCUGGACGCGGGAAGAGAUCGUUGCUGUGUAUGAAGCAGAUUGCUUUUACGGAUCGCAGCCUCCCGAAAUGUCACCGAAUGUUAGGGAUGGGCUUGGAUGGACUUUGAGUGUAUGGGAUCUCUGGCGGAAAGAUACCUACGGUCGCAUCUCCCGCCGUCGCCGGCAGGAGGCUCUGCUGUCUGAUGCUAAGGGCGAUGCUGCAUCAUGUGCAUAA